AUCGAUAACAUCCGUAGGGAGAGCCACCCGCGCUCGCUCUCGUGAUGGUGGAGAAUCUCUCCACCACAUCCGGACGGAAGCAUGCACAACAAUGCAAACCCAAACGGAACGGAACAGGGAAUGGCGCGCGGAUUCCCCUUCGCUCACACAUCGGCACAUCGGGGAAUGAACCAGCAGAAGCCAGUUUUUCAUUUCGAUCGCGUACGGGCACGAGAACGGACACGACUCGGCGUAACGGUUCCCCAUAGUUGGCGCGCGCUCGCUUUCUUCCACCAUAUACUCAGGACUGACUGUCUGUCUGGUCUGGUCUGGUUUGCUCGGUUGUUGGUCGGUCGCUCGUCAGCCAUUGAAAUUCCGAGGCAGGAUAUAGCUACGUGCGGAAAAAGGGCAGGCAGCUAAUCAAUCAAAGUGCGUAAUUGAAUCGCUGUGACUGGGGAGAAAGUUACUACGGAACGGAAAAUCGGUUUUGCUGGUGGGAAAUUUCCGGGUGGAGAGAAGUGCCCGCGCGGUUGUUCUACGGUGCCGGAGGGAAGCUGCAGGUGAGCGCUUCAUUAGUGAUACCCGAUACCACUGGAUGCUGGAGGAAUACAAGACGCAGACGCGCUGACCAAUUAGUGAGAUUUUGAAGAAAGUUGAGAGGUGGGAAGCAGUGUUGCACGAAAAUAGUCCGCACAGGAUACCAAUGGAUACGUGUUGAAGUGGAAGGUUCAAUAAGUGAGUGAUUGAAGAAUACAGCAGAGUUGAACCGUUGUUGAUUACGAGUUAGCGAAGUGGUCGGAGUUAGCAAGCGGAAGAAAAUCAGUGUUCACAAUGAGUGAUUUCCCAGCGGUGGUUGAGUUGAACGUGGGAGGAGUACAGUAUGCUUCCGGUUUGGAUACGCUCAGAUCAGAGGAUGGAUCCUGGCUGCAGGAGGUGUUCGGCGGCAGCGCUGAUGACAUGCCCAAGGAUAGCCAAGGUCGGUUCUUCAUCGAUCGCGAUGGAGUGCUGUUCCGGUACGUGUUAGAGUACCUGCGAGAGCCGGCCAAGUUCAAGGUGACGGCAGAGUUCCAGGAUCGAGUGCGACUUCGUAGGGAGGCAGAGUUCUUCCGGUUGAGCGGAUUGGUGGAAGCCUUGACCAAGGAACCGGGCUGCAUCACCAUCGGGUACCGGGGUAGCUUUCAGUUCGGACGCGACGGACUGGCGGAUGUCAAGUUCCGCAAGAUCACACGAUUGUUGGUCCACGGACGUGUGGCCAUCUGUCGGGAGGUGUUCGGCGAUACCUUGAAUGAGUCGCGAGAUCCAGAUCACGGAGGUCCGGAUCGCUACACGGCGCGGUUCUUCCUGAAGCACGUGUUCAUCGAGCAGGCCUUCGACAUGCUGCAGGACAAUGGCUUCCGGUGCGUUGGUAGUUGCGGCUCGGGCACGGCCGGAUCCAUCACGGAGAACCUGAAGCCCGGCGUAGACUCGGAGGAGAACCGCUGGAAUCACUACAAUGAGUUUGUCUUUAUCCGUGAUUAAGGCAGUCAGCGGUUAUAACCGCUGUAGGGAGGAUUGGUGACCAAAAGAUAAGUGACGGGGAAAAUCUGUAGAUAUCAUGUGAUACAUUUAAUAGCCACAAGUUUGAUCAGCCCAGAGUGCUGAAAAGGGGGAGGGGAUCGAAAUAAUCCAAUUCCAAGAAAACAACGGAACUUGUGUUCGUUAGUGUUCGUUUUGAUGAGUUAUAGGAUGUGAACUCGUGUGCGAACGUGACAUGCAUCGAUUCCUUUUCCGCUGACGAUGACGGGGUGCCAACUUGUUGAAAAUCACGAUUAGUCCGGGUUUCCUUGGGGGAGAUGAAAAGCCACAUCAUCAUUAUCGGGUUUUAUCUGGGCUUAUAGGAAACUGGAAGGUCGGAUAGACGGGUGAGAAGUGCGACGCGGUCAGGGUGGCAUACAAUCAAAAUCUCACUCUUCAUCAUUCUCGCUUCCAGAGUGCCUACCAACCAGGAGGCAGUGUCGAGUGGAGGAAAAGUCUGGUAAUGAUGUGUUUGACGACGAUUGAGCAGGGAAAUAACCGGGACGAUGACGGACGGAGGGACGAGCUCGGUUGUUGAUUGGGGAGUAGUUUUUCCCAUCCACCGAGCAUCCGACAACGGAUGAUGCCAGAUAGCUGGAGGCUUGAAAGUUGUGCUGAUCGGCGCUCGGCUCGGCUCCACUGGAUGGAUUUGGUCCAUGAAGGGCAUGGCAUAGUGGAGCUUGGGAUUUCAUCUAACUAUGGUAUGGUCGGGAGUGAUAAGUUUGUCUCUGUUUGUGACGUUUUUUGUUGAACAGCAUUGAAACUAUGCUAUAACAUUUAUUUGAUUUGAUUAGGUGCUUUUUGAUAUAUUCCUCGAAUGUUUGGAGCACUUAUGCAUACUUUUGCUUGGAAAUUUGUAUACUUUCUGAUUAAUCAUUCGAUUGAAUUUAGAAAAGAUCUACGAAUCUUUACUUAAAGCAGCCCAAUGGCUAUGCGUCUGACCCAGUAGUCGAAAACAAAUUCUAAAAAUUGGGGAUUUCAAAACUUCUUUAUUGCUUUUCACCGAAGGAGCAUUCAACGGUUACAUGUCUGAUAGAAUCUUUGAUGUUUCAUUAGACUCUUGCAGUACAACUGUAAUCCAAAAGUUUGCACAUGGAGUAUAUAUGUUAUAUUGAUGAAUUUGAUAUUCUUGGGAGGAUUGUAGUCCAGACAACCGAAGGUCCCAUAAGGAUGUUCAUAUUACACCGUAUAAAGUACUAUUUUAAGUCACUAUCACAUAUACAUACGGCAGAGGGACGACUUUCAUCGCAUAUGAUGAUAUUUUUUCCGUCAUUAGUUCGAUUCUGAGGGGACAAGUGUUGUGUUUUUCGAAUAUCAUUAAGUCGUAUAAGAUGCUGCAUUGCAUCGCAACAGCACACACCGUGAAUCGCGUAAGAUAACGCUUCUUCGAGUCAUAUAGCGCUAUUUUCGUCCCGCCAAUACAUCACUUCCUCUAUUGAACGCAUCUUUUGUAAACAACUGGAACUUUUGCUGCAUCUUAUUCGGUGUAACCUUGCCGUAUAAAAGUACGUAUAAUACAGUGGUGAUUAUGCGAGCAAAUUAGUUAUCGACAACCACUACAGAAGAACACAUUCAGGUAUCAAGACUUACUUCAAAGAUUAUAGCUUGGGAAUCUACCCAGAAUUCAAAAUUUCUCCCAAAAUUUUAUACAGAUUUUUCUCCCGGAUUCCUUUCUGGAUGUCUACCACAAUGCAUUUCUAUUUGUUUUUGAAGUUUCUUGCAGAACUUUUCCCGUGAUUUCCCCCGAUGUUCCUUUUUGAGUACUUCUAGGAAAUUUUAAGUAGAGAAUUUCUGGAGUUUCCUUUCUGGACGUCUCCCAAGAUUCCAUCCCGCAUUUUCCCAGAGUUUUUUUUUCGAAAAUUUACCGGUGUUCCUUCCGGGAAUUCUGAAAGUUGUACCUGGGACUUAUGGCAGGAUGUUUGCAAGAGUUUUCCACGGAUUCUCUGCAGGAAUAUCUCCUGGAUUUUCUGCUGAGGAUUUUCACGGUAUGCUCCCAGAGUUUUUACUGGAUUUUUUCAGGAGAAACUUCCUCAAUUUUCUCAAGGUUCGCUCAUGAAUCUUUAGUGAACUAGUGGUUUCUGGGAUGGCUUUCCAACAGUUUCUCCUGGAGAUUUUUGCGAGAUUUUUUCAGAAGAUCUUUUUGGGAUUUCUUCCAGAGAAUUUUCAAAAAAUCUCUUGGUGUUCCUCGCGAGGUUUCUUCCAAAUUUUGUCCCGGGUUUUUGUUAUAAGGUUUUUAAAGUCCAUACAGGAACUUUCCAAUCCCCAAUGUCCUACUGGGAUUACUCUCUGAUUUUUUCAAAGAAGUCCCAGUUUUUUUUUCGGGAUAUCCUUCGAAGAUCUGCUAGGGAUGCCCCCAAUUUGUAAGUUCUUUCCGGAGUUUCUAGUGAGAUUUCCUUAGGAUCCCUUCCGAUAUAUCACUAGAAAUUUCUUGCCAGGAAUUUAGUAGGUUAUCCCAGGAGAUAUUCCAAAAAAUAAAACUGGGAGAUCUUGGCAAAAGCUUUGGGUACCACUAUGAGUGAAAUCCCACAAUUGGCACACAAAAUGCCGGGGUGUAAAGUACUAGCUGUCAAGUAAAAUUCACGAAUAAAAAAACAUAACUCUGAUACUUUCUGAUGAAACCGCAGGAUGAUUCCCGAAAAAAAUACCUGGAAGAAUCUUUGAAAAAAAUACCGUAGAUUCCUAAGAGAAAUUUCUGAAAAAAUCCUCGUAGGUAUUUCUGAAAGAACUCUCAAAUAAUUUUCUGAAAAUAUCUUUAGGGAAAUUUCAGAAGAAGACCUUUGAAGUUUUUCUCAAGGUGUCCUUGAAAAAAAAAGGUCGGAAGAAAUUA